CGGAUCAUGGGAAAAGCCAAAGAUGUCGGCUCAGUCAUGUGAUCAGCUGUGUCCAAUCACAGCUGAUCACAUGGCACUGAUCAGUGUGCCCUGAUGAUCAGUGUGGCCCCAGAAGUGCCACCUGUCAGUGCUCAUCAGUGCCACAUGCCAGUGCCCAUCAGUGCCACGUGCCAGUGCCCAUCAGUGCCACAUCAAUGCCACAUAUUAGUGCAUACCAGUGCACAUCAAUGCCACAUAUCAGUGCCCAUCUGAGCUGCCUUUCAAUGUCACCCAUCAGUGCCAGUCAGUGCCACCUAUCAAUGCCAACAGUGCCACCUAUCAGUGCUGCCAAUAAGUGCCACCUAUCAGUGCCAGUCAGUGUCGCCUAUCAGUGCGCAUCAGUGCCAGUCAGUGCCGCCUAUCAGUGCCAGUCAGUGCCGCCUAAAAGUGCCAAUCAG